GGGCUGGAUUAUUUGGAGAGGCGCCGGAAGCAGCAGGUUGGUGGAGGACAAGAGAAAAGGGAGCACACGGGACGGCAGGAUAAUCCUCUCUCGGGUUUUUCUAUUUAAUCUUCCCGAUAUAACCUUUAACUUACAGAAACAUGGCUUUGACUCAGGAAUCGAUUUUGUCUUUUCUGCUGGAGCGCGGAGGCAAAGUGAAAAACUCGGAGCUGCUCAACCAUUUCAGGAGUCAGAUCAGCUGCAGCGAUCCGGCGGAAAAACAGCACAAUAGAGACCUCUUCAAGAAGUUGGUGAACAGCGUCGCUGUGGUCAAACAGAUCGACGAGGUGAAGUAUGUGGUGGUGAAGAAAAGGUAUCUGGACUUUGUUAGAGAGGUGGUGAAAAAUGAGCUGCAGAAAAGCUCGCAAGUGGAUGACAGUUUCUCCAGCCAGAACACGAGCUUUUCAUGCGCAUCUCCCACCCAUCGAGCCGAGUCAGAGAGGAGGAUUUACUCAGACAUUGAAAACAAUAAUCUGUGCUGUCCCUCAAACAGUAACGACAAUUGCUAUAGCGACGCCAAGUAUGCAUCCGUGGGAAGUGUGCAGGAUAGGGCACCGUUAUCUCCUAACAGCAGUGGUCCGGACACAGCAACCCUUAAAGUCGUGAAUAUCUCCGGAGAUCAGGCGAGCAAAGCGGGGAAAUCUGGUGCUGUGUUCGCUGUCAUAGCGGUCAAAUCUCCACCGAGAGAACCUGCACCAGAGACACAGGAUGGAUGUUUUUCUCAAGUGCAUCAGACCAAUGUGCUGGUUACCAAAGUUUCCAAACCUUCAAUGCAAAAUCGGAACUUUCCAGCAGGUAGGAAGGAUGCACAGAGUGAGGCAGGGGACAAACAGCACCCAGUUUUUCCUCAUGUGAGGCCCUCGAUCAAGACCACCAGGCAAGGGGAUGAUGCGAAAUAUUCAGAGUCUGUGCCUCUUGAGGCUCUAGCACAUGAGUGGUUAGUGAAGUGUGCAGCAGGACUGUGGGGACAGAUCCAUGGUCUGCUGCUGCAGGACACACGGCUUGUACAGAAGAAAGACUUCAUGUCAGGUUUCACAGCCCUGCACUGGGCUGCAAAGGAUGGCAGCAGUGACAUGAUACACAAGCUUGUGAAUAUCCCCAGCAAAAGAGGCACUUAUGUGAACAUCAACUGUAAAGCACAUGGAGGAUACACGCCUCUGCACAUUGCAGCCAUACACAGCCACUCUGAUGUGAUAGUUCUGCUCGUGCAAAGAUAUGGAGCCAAUGUGAAUGUAAGAGACAAUGAUGGUAAGAAGGCCGUUCACUACCUGGGAAAAGGUGUGUCAGCUGAGGUUAGAGCACUUCUAGGAGCGGGACAGCCGAACAAGAAUAAGAAAACAGAGGAUGAAGACUAUAGAGAACAGCCGAGGAGCUUUAACACCAUCAGUAAACUGUUUCAGCCUCACAUGGGGAAAAAGCAAAGGACGUCAACUAGAUAUGCUCAGGACUGGUGAGAAAGACUUGGACAAUAGACAGUGUUAUAUUUCAACUAUGGAAAGAAGAGACCAGGCUUUCUGAGUUUGUUCAACAUGUAUAAUAUGUAUAAUUUUUUAAAGACUUAGUUGAUGUUCAAACCAUUGUACAUUAAAUCUCUUGCUAUAUUUAUAAAUGCUAUUUGUAAUUCACUUUGUAGUUGAUGAGACAAUGAGUGUUGCUUAACCCAUUUAUGUAAUCUGUUUGUGUUUAUGAUUCAACCACUUAACUACAAACUAUCUCAAGUUUGAAGGUAUUUUCUAGAGUUUAAUAGCAUAUCUUUUAUGUAUUGUCGUGAAAAAGUGACAUUUGUUACAGAUAAAACUGUGGAGUUUUAUUUCAAUAGAAGUAGUGGUCUUAACAUUUAGAAAAACAGUUUCUUGCAGCUUUAGUGGAGGCAGAAGGGGACCUUCAUGGGUCCAUUAUUCAAAAGCAGGUCAGAAGACCAAGCGGUGGAAUGUGUCUAUUAAUCUCUUUGUGAAGCUGAGCUGUUACGGAUGAGGUAGGCCUCUCUUGCUAAGACUCUGUGAACUACAUUAUUUGGACUGAAAAUGGUAAAAUACAAAUCACAGGGACAUGCUGGGCCUUGUUACUAGGUAAACGGGAUAAUCUAUUAACUAUCAGAAAUACCAGUUUGGCAAGACUUGUCUCCACCUGUAAUAAAAGGGCAUUAUGGGAUAAAACUUAAAAACAUAAGCUAAA